AGCCACGACACAGCAAUGGCAACUGGAAUAGCAUUAAUUUAUCCUGCGCUGCUCGCGGUGUUAACGGAAAACAAUUAUACGAUUUUUUCGGAUGAAACGGGAGUGCCAUAUCUGAUUAAAAUCGAUAACUCUCCACUAACUGAAUUAGAACUUACCGUUUUAGGUAUCAAUGUGGAAUCGAUCAGUUUCAACCUUUACACACGAGAUAACCCUACAAGUGGCGAUGUGCUAAAUCUAAACGACAUAGUCUCUGUACGAGAGAGUCAUUGGAACCCGCACAGGGAAACCAUCAUAGUUACUCACGGUUGGAAUGCCGAUGGUCAAUCUUCGUCAUGUACACUCGUACGCAAUGCUUUCCUUAAUGUCUGGGAUAGCAACGUCAUUAUCGUCGAUUGGGGAAAGAUAGCAAAAAACCUGCUUUAUUCCGUCGUUGCAAAAAGCGUACCACGCGUCGCUCUCCGUGUAGCUGAUUUCGUGAAUUUCCUACAAACUGGCGCUGGUUUACGAACGUCUAAACUGAAAAUUGUUGGACACUCCCUCGGUGCUCAUGUCGCAGGCUUAAGUGCACUAGAGAUAGGAAGUUCGAGCCAAGUCGCGGAAGUUAUCGCACUCGACGCUGCCAAGCCAAUGUUUGAACACAAAGGACCCGAUGGAAGAGUUGAUAAAUCGGACGCGAGAAAUGUUCAAGUUAUUCACACAUGCGCCGGAUAUUUAGGUCUGGAUGCCUCUGUUGGUACUUCUGAUUUCUUUGCCAAUGAUGGAAGAAAUCAACCAGGAUGCAUUAAUGACAUUAUAGGAGCUUGCUCACAUUCACGCAGCUACGAAUACUACAGUGAAUCUGUUAUGAAUUCAAAAGGCUUCCUCGGUGUAUCUCAGAAUGGUGCAAUGGCAUACAUGGGUGGUCCUACCCUUGACCCAAAAGCUGAAGGAACCUACACGUUCCAAACUAACAAGCAGUAUCCAUAUGCACUUGGUGGAUAAAGUUAUUCAUAUGAA